GCGGAAGUAGACUCGGUUUAAGGAAAUUUCUCGAAAGCGGUUUGAAUUCUUUGUCGAGACUCCCGAUAUAAAGCUCUGAAACAGAUCUCUAACAAUGGUGAAGAUUUUUGUGGGAAACCUGCCACGUGAGUCGGACCAGGAGGAAAUCAAGGCUCUCUUUGCGGAACACGGCACGGUCACAGAAUGUGCCAUCAUCAAGAACUACGCCUUCAUCCACAUGGACGACCGCAAGGCCGCCACCAAAGCCAUUAAGACUUUGCACCUCUACAAGCUUCACGGCACGCCGAUCAACGUGGAGGCCAGCCACGGGAAGAACCAGGGCUCCAUCAAACUGCAUGUAGCUAACGUAGAAAAGGGGAUUGAUGACGAGCUCCGCACUCUCUUCGAAGAGUACGGCUCAGUCACAGAGUGCGCUAUCGUUAAGAAUUUUGCUUUUGUACACAUGUCCAACUCCGACGAGGCCAUGGAUGCCAUUAAGGGACUGGACAAUACAGAAUUUCAAGGCAAACGCAUCCAUGUCCAGAUUUCUAAGAGCCGUCCCAGACAAGAUGAACGAGAAGACUACCCACCUCCUCCCCCAGACAGGGGUGGCUAUUGGCCCCCUCGCUACCCAGGAGAGGGGCACGAGCCUCCCCCACCCAGCUUCAUGAGAGGCCGCCUUGGCCAUAUGCCCCCAGGUUACCCCGCCCCUCCUCUGCCACCUCCUCCCCCGAGACGAGCAGUUUAUCCUGAACGACCUUAUGAGGGUGACAGGGAAAGAUACGGCGUGGUAGAUUACUAUGAGAAGUACAGAGCUCGUCCGUACGGCAUGGCCCCCUACGAAGACCAACGUGCCGGCGCCCCUCCUCCUCCUCCUCCGCCGCCUCCCCCCUCAGCCGUUGUGCGAGACCGUCUUAUGCCCUCGUCGCUUGAUCCGUUCGACCGCCGUCCUCCCCCACCACCGCCGUCCUCGUACUACGCCCGAGAUCGCAGUCCCCUACGGAGGGCGCCCACCGCGCCAAUGCCCCCUAAUGCUAAUAAUGGCUACUCCUACGAGCGCUCCCGACUCUCUCCGGUUUCCCGGGUCCCGGCAUAUGGAGUUCCACGCGCCAGGGACCCCUACGCAGAACGGCUGCCUCCGCCACCACCUGCACGCUACGCUUAUUAAGCAAGGCCCGGGCAUGUGAAGGAUCGUCGUCAACUGCGUCGCCGCUCGCCGCCUUCUGAUGCACGUGACACUAUCCUCUCCCCGUCUGUGGCUGAGCGCGUUGCGUUCCACUGCGAUGCGCACAGGAGGAAACCGAAUUACCGACGUCCACGUCUGUUUUUUGUUUUUUAUUAAUUUUGGACAGUUUUUACUCGUUUCCUCCCCCCCUGAUUGUUUUAGUUUGUCAUUGUGCUCUAGUAUUUUCUUUUAUAUGCUUGACAUCUGAAUUAGGCGAUUUUUUUUUUAUUUUGUACAUUUCCGUUUUGGAAAAAGUAGUGUGCUGAUGUUGUGUGUGACCGUAGUACGCCGAUCCUUUCAGUAGCAGUCGAUAAUUGUGGCUGUAGAUUUAACUGGACUAAAUAAUGGUUGGUAUUAAAUUAAAUCUGCACGUUGGUUCCAUAAUGUACCGCUUUCCCAUCGACAACCAAACCGCCGUGUGGCGUUGCUGUGAAACUUAAAAACUGCUAAAUGUAGAACGUAACCGUUCACAGGACGGUUACCGCAGAGCGCUCACAUGUACCUGUCCAUUGUCGAACUUGUUUUUAAUAAACGGAUUUGUGCAGUAA